AUGCGGAUCAUUCCUCGCUUAGUUAGCUUAGCAAACAUUCGAGCGAUGGAUGAAUUCAGCAAAAAGUACGAAAGUCUCAUGAAAGAGCUUCGCGAGUUUAUUGAUGAAUUUUUUAUUAACAUCAAAGAUCUUUACCAAGACAAGAUGUACAUGGAUUUAAUAGAUCAUAUUUUGAACAUCAUAUGGAAUUUGACCGAUACAACUGCACUCGUGCCCAUGUUUGUUAGCGCCGAAUAUGCAAAAUCGGUUGCAGAAUGGAUUCAGAAACUAUCAGUCCGAGAUCCAAAGGAACGCGCAACUAAAGCUGUCAUUGCAAUUAUUCACAAUCUCUCAAGAGACAAAAAGGGAUUAAAAGCAUUGCGAGAAAAAAAUCUAUUUGAGAUUUUAACGGAAUGCAAAAUAUUAUUGCAUGUAGAAGAUGAGGACGAAUCUAAUAAACUACGUCAACCAUUUGGUAUGUCACUGAUUGCAUUAGCUACAAGCUACGAUGAACAAAAACGAAAUGAGUCUUUAAUUUGUAUAGUUAGUGGCGAACUGUUUUCUAAGUGCAAGAAGGCUGCUAGUUGUGAAAAUUGGAAAUUCGAUGGAUUUCACUUGUCGGAAUUUCUGAAUUCACUUGAAGUUGCUUUUUCCAACGAUACUGUUGUACGACAUAUUUUGGAUGACAACACAGGCAUAAAAUCAGAAUCGAUAACAUUCUUCGCGGCGCUUCUCGUAUCUUGCUAUGGAUUAUUAUUUAAUCAAGAAGCUGAUGAUCUCGAAAAGCGUACUUCAGAGGCUUUACUACAAAUUCUGUUGUGUAUUUCUAAUUUUCCUGAAUAUCUAAAACCAUUAAAAGAGCAUAAUCAAUUUUAUGUUCUAAUUGAAGGUUUUGCCAAACAACCAAAACCAAAUAUUGCCAACCAGCCAAAACAAGAUAUUGUCAAACGAAUUUGGUCCAAUCUUAGUAUGAGAGAAAAUUCUACAAAAGAACCUCAUCAAUUGCAAGUUCGAAAGCAACCAAUGGCGUUUAUUAGUUACAACUGGGCUGAUGAUAAAUUUUGUGAAAAAUUUCUUGAAGAGCUAGGCAAACACACAAGAAUACAGCUUUGGGUUGAUUAUAAAAACGUGGCGAAGACAGAGAACAAUGAUUGGAAUAGCUAUGCUCAUGCAAUUGAGCGUGCUACAAUAUUUAUUGUUUUAUUGUCGGAGGCUUACUGUGAUAGUAAAUAUUGCUUUCAAGAAUUAAAUUAUGCAGUGGCACUGACAGGUGGUCCAACACAAGUUAGAGAUGCUUUUAUUUUUGUCGAAACUCAGAAAGAUGCGUCAAAGAAAAGAGAACGGAUAAAAAACUUGUUAAAUAACAUGGAAACAAUUGGUUACAUCGAGGAUUUAAAUCAAAUGGCUGUCAAGGUUGCCGAGAGCAUUGAGUCACUGAGGAAUAAAAAUAAAACGACCACAUAUUCAUCUAGCAAUAUCGUUCAGUCGAGUAUGUGCACUAUGAUGUAA